AUGCCGCCGAGCUCAGCGAAGAAAGUGACAGGUCCCAAACCAGCCAAAGAACGAAAGAGGCAGUGGGCCCCUAAAUCCCGAAGAGGAUGUUUAACAUGCAAGAUUCGUCGGGUCAAAUGUGAUGAAGCUAAACCGAGCUGUGAGCGAUGUUCUUCCACAGGCCGUACUUGCGAAUAUGGCACCGAGCCCACGCAGAACCAACGCAUCAUCACGCAUGAUCGAUUCAGAUUCAUCGCACAUCCUCUAUCAAUAAACUUGAUUCCUGGUCUUCGACUUGAUACCGCAGAAGAAAGAGCAAGUCUCAGUUUCUUCGAACAACACGCAAGCUUGGAGCUAUGCGGUCCAUUCAACAGUAAAUUCUGGCAGCGUCAGCUGUUGCAAGCUGCACAGAUUCACCCGGUCAUCCGAUAUUCAGUUGUUGCACUCGGUGCAAUGUAUAGGAAACUUGCUUCUGGAACCGCCUCAAACGUUCCGGAUGAUCCGACAGACAAUCAGAUUCGUUUCGCCCUACAACAGUCGAAUCGGGCGAUUCAAGAGCUUGUCAAGCCAGCUCGUGCUGCCAGCCCAGCGGAUAAGAUUACGAUCUUGACAAGCUGUGUCCUUUUCCACAGUAUGGCUUGUAUUCAAGGACUCCAGAUGAACGCAUUGAGUCAUUUGCGUAGCGGUCUCAAGCUACUGCAAGAGAUAGAUGAACAAUACCCAAACAUACAAGAGAUGGCUCGGGACCAGCCGAUAACGAUUGAUUGCUUGAGAUCCAUCAUGGUCAGCUUCGAUGUUCAAGCCCGGACACAGAUGAGUGUACCGGAUCUUCUGGAUUGGGAACUGCCACCAGGCCAUGGCCAGUAUCACACUUAUGCCGACUCGUACACGGCAAUAUGCCAAGCUCAGGUGUACCUAGAGGCACUCCUGAAUCACAUCCUGUGCUACUUACAAAGCCUCUACAAGCCAGAAAAGUGGAAUCCAACAACCAUAAUGACUACGCUCAGCUUGUUCAAGGAGCAGAUUAUGUUUGGACGCACCAUGGUAGAUGAUAUUGAAGCCCAGUUAUACGCUGAGAAUGAUACGGCGCAACGGCGGGCGUUCAUAGCGCUACGCAUGCUACAGACAACGGCGGAAGUAUUCAUAAACAUAGUUGAGCGGCGGACACGUAUAGCUCAAGCGUGUAACGAUAUGUCUGACAGGCAUUCAGCAAGCGACGAACCUUUUUAUCGUCUAUUCGACCUCGCGUCAGAGCUCCUGGAGUUGACUGCUACACCACGACAAGUUGAUGGAUGUCCUUCGGUCCGACCGGUAUUUUCUGCAGGCUAUGGCUCAGUCGCAGCUCUAUGGAUGGUGUCUGUUAGAGCUAAGAGUUUCAACUUGCGGCGGAAGGCAAUCAACAUGCUUCUGAACAAUCCACGUAGGGAAGGGCUGUGGGAUGCGCCAUCUGUCGGCCAAAUCGCCAAAGCAAUACUUGAAUUCGAGGAGACAAGUGCGAGGGAAGAACUAGGGAUAAUGCCCUCAGAAUUAGAUGAGGCACACUCACAAGAGCUAGAAUAUCUCCGAUGCGCAGAUAUUGUAGUGCGGUAUGAUGGGCCGCGACAAGCUGUGACAGAUAUUCGAAAUCUAAGACAAGUACUACGCAAUGAGCGCGGGAUACAGACUACCUGUAGGUGGUGA